AUGUCCCAAGACGAAAAUAUUGCCAAGGCUGUUGCCGAAUCUGCCGAACCCGCCCAAGUUAUCCUCGGGGAAGACGGGAAACCAUUAUCCAAGAAGGGUUUGAAGAAAUUGCAGAAGGAGCAAGAAAAGCAGAGAAAGAAGGAGGAGAGAGCUCUUCAAUUGGAAGCCGAAAAAGAGGCCCGCGAAAAGAAGGCUGCCUCCGAAGACACCGCCAAGGAAAAUUACGGUAAGUUGCCAUUGAUCCAGUCCCGUGAUUCUGACAGAACCGGCGAGGAACGUGUCAAGUUUAUCGAUUUGGAUGAGGCUAGAGACAGUGACAAAGAGGUCCUAUUCAGAGCCAGAGUCCACAACACCAGACAGCAAGGUGCCACAUUAGCCUUUUUAACAUUGAGACAACAAGCCUCUUUGAUCCAAGGUCUUGUAAAGGCCAACAAGGAAGGUACCGUCACCAAGCACAUGGUCAAGUGGGCUGGUUCUUUGAACCUGGAGUCCAUUGUCCUUGUCAGAGGUAUUGUCAAGAAGGUGGACGAGCCAAUCAAAUCCGCCACUGUGCAAAACCUGGAAAUCCACAUCACAAAGAUUUACACCAUUUCCGAGACUCCAGAAACGCUACCAAUUCUUUUGGAAGACGCUUCCCGUUCCGAAGCAGAAGCUGAGGCGGCCGGUUUGCCAGUAGUCAACCUAGACACUAGACUAGACUCACGUGUCAUCGACUUAAGAACCGUCACCAACCAGGCUAUCUUCAGAAUCCAAGCCGGUGUCUGCGAACUGUUUAGAGAGUACUUGUCCAAGAAGAAGUUUACUGAAGUGCACACACCAAAACUUUUGGGUGCUCCAAGUGAAGGUGGUUCCAGUGUGUUCGAGGUGACGUACUUCAAGGGUAAGGCCUACCUGGCCCAAUCUCCACAGUUCAACAAACAACAAUUGAUCGUUGCCGAUUUCGAAAGAGUUUUCGAAAUCGGCCCUGUGUUCAGAGCUGAAAACUCCAACACCCACCGUCACAUGACCGAGUUCACCGGGUUGGACAUGGAAAUGGCGUUCGAAGAACAUUACCACGAAGUCUUGGACACUUUGAGCGAGUUGUUUGUGUUCAUCUUCAGUGAAUUGCCCAAGAGAUUUGCCCAAGAGAUCGAGCUGGUACGUAAACAGUACCCGGUCGAAGAAUUCAAGUUGCCCAAAGACGGUAAAAUGGUCCGUCUUACAUACAAGGAAGGUAUUGAUAUGCUAAAGGCUGCCGGUAAGGAAAUCGGCGACUUCGAGGAUUUGAGUACCGAAAACGAAAAAUUCCUGGGUAAGUUGGUGCGCGACAAGUACGACACCGACUUCUACAUCUUGGACAAAUUCCCCUUGGAGAUCCGUCCCUUCUACACGAUGCCUGAUCCUGCCAACCCCAAAUACUCCAACUCUUACGAUUUCUUCAUGAGAGGUGAGGAGAUCUUGUCCGGUGCGCAACGUAUCCACGACCACGCUUUGCUACAAGAAAGAAUGAAAGUGCACGGCUUAUCCACCGAAGACCCAGGUCUAAAGGACUACUGCGACGGGUUCAGCUACGGGUGUCCCCCACACGCUGGUGGUGGUAUCGGUUUGGAAAGAGUUGUUAUGUUCUACUUGGACUUGAAGAACAUCAGAAGAGCCUCGUUGUUCCCAAGAGAUCCUAGAAGAUUGAGACCAUGA